AUGUCUUCCUCCCUCCCGCAUUCAUACGCCGAUCUCCCCUUGCGGGACAUCAAGCUCUCGCACCACCCUCCCUCGUCGCCGACGCCUACCCCGGUCGUGGUCGUGACGCUGCACCGACCGGGAAAGCAUAAUGCUUUCACCAAGACGAUGAUGGAGGAGCUGGAGCGCGUCUUCGACCUCCUUGAUGCCGAUGACCGCGUGCGCUGCAUUGUUGUCACAGGCCAUGGGUCCGUCUUCUGCGCAGGCGCCGACCUCGAAGUCGGCUUCGUCGGCGGACAAGAGAGGGUUAAUGAUCAUCGCGAUGGCGGCGGCCGCGUCGUCCUCGCCAUCCACCGCUGCCGCAAGCCCGUCAUCGGCGCGCUCCAAGGGGCCGCCGUGGGCGUCGGCAUCACCAUGACGCUGCCCAUGGCCAUCCGCGUGGCCCACCGCGACGCCAAGAUCGGCUUCGUCUUCGCGCGGCGAGGCAUCGUCAUGGAGGCCUGCUCGUCCUUCUUCCUGCCCCGCCUGAUCGGCCACUCGCGUGCCCUGCACCUGACCACCACCGGCGCCGUCUACCGCGCCGCCGACAAGCUGCUCGACCCGCUCUUCACCGAGCUGUGCGACCGUCCCGCCGACGUGCUUCCGCGUGCCUUGGCCAUCGCCGACGAGGUCGUCGCCAACACGAGCUUGGUGAGCACGAAUCUGAUGAAGGAGCUGAUGUGGAGGGAUGCCGGGAGCGCCGAGGGCCAGCACCUGCUUGAUUCGAGGAUCCUGUACGAACUGUUUAGUGGCAAGGAUAACAAGGAGGGAGUUCAGUCAUUUUUGGAGAAGAGGCCUCCGAAAUUCAGCGGUACCAUGGAUAACGACGCCCCCGCCGCAUAUCCGUGGUGGAACCCAAUCGAUACAGCGGGCAAACCCAAGGCGGAGCUGGGCGCCAAAUCAAAGCUGUAG